AUGAGAAGCAAGGGUCACAGCAAAGUCAAAUCCCUACAUACCGUGUAAGAAGUUUCAAAUACCAAGACUUUCUUUAUAAGUAGAAUCACGCAAAGAUCAUUUUUGAAGAAUGCUUUAGCUCCUCUGCCUUUAGAAUAGAGUCCUUAGAUAUAGGUGCCAACUCCAUUGAGUGGCAGAGUAGUUGCAAGGAAGGUCUUCAAAGGAACAUCGCUGAAAACUUAGGGGAGUGUUCUAGAUUGCGAAAAGAAGAAUCAAUAGUCUCUUUUCUAAGUGAUUGCUUCUGAAAAGUUCAAGAACAUUAUCUCAGAAGGAAAAUUAAGAAAGGAGGAGUAAACCCUUUUUACAUUAGAAGGACCACUCACAUUUAAAGAUCGAUAGAGAGAGAAGAUUUUCAAGUAGAGUUUGAAUAUAGAGAAUUAGUAUAUGCAAUAAGAAGACAACUAGAACAUCUAAAUAUUCCUGAAGAACAUGAGAUAAAUCAUAACCACUAGUCAUAUUCAACAUAAUGACAUUCAAACAAAUGAGAAUAGUUUCUUGUCUGAUAAUUUUAAGACUCAAAUGACAAGUCCUCGAUUUACCUUUACCAAUCAUCUCUCAACUAUUCAACUCCAGAAUUAGCCUACUUAGCUUUAUAAAGUGGGGAGCACUUCAUUGUUAGAUCCAAUUGAGGAAAAAAAGGAAUAAAUGAAACCCACUAUGCAACCCACAAUGCAAAUCAAUAAAAAAAAACUGACUAUUUCUGUGAGCAAUCCAGAAAAUUAAAUAGGAGUCUACUAAUUCAAUGUCCCAGAUUAUUGUAAGAAAUUGGAAGAUAAGAUUGAGGAGGUGUAGGAAUACACUGAUAAACCUAAACAUGUCUUGAAGCAGGCAUUGUAGUUUGUAAGUAAAUUUGAUGUAAACAUAGAUUUCCUCAUAACCCAAAAAAAUGACAUCCAAAUUCUCUAAAUCCAUUUUAAAGAUUAUUGGUAUUCCAGAUCAAGAGAAUGCACACGAAGAUGA